AUUUAAACAGAGAACCAACGCACGAUCGUCGAUGACUAUGUCAUCCUCGUCAGUCGUUGUGUUUAUAAGAACACAUUUGUGUCAUGAACUCGUGUGUCUCGCAAAGAUUACCUCGUGUGUCGAAAAGCAUUGAUUAUUAAUUUGUGCGGUAUUUUGAUUAAUAAUUAAUAUCAUUUUUCAAUAAAUAACAAUGUCGAAAUCGAAUCCAGUUUGCAUUCAAAAAGACUUUAAUUUUGUUAUGCCAAGAUUAAAAAAUUUAUCGUGUUCCUAUUGUCAACGUCAAUUUCCAGAAUCAAAUGUUGUAUAUGUUCCUGGGAAACUAAUUCCUUUAGUGAUGCCUUGUGGUCAUUUAAUUUGCAAUAAUUGUGAUUAUUUAAAUCCUAGUAAACAUUGUUCACUAUGCAAAGAUACUUUACAGUUUGAUGUGAAAAGUUCUGAACCCUUACCAUUACACUUAUAUGCAUUGGGUACAGCAUUUUUAUUAAAGUACGAAUCCAAUUUUGGGGAACCAUAUUUUAAAACAUCAGACUGCCAAUCACAGGAUAGACGUCGAGUUAAAGCUAACUGUUACCAAUGUGAAUGUGAAGCAAGCUUCUAUUGUAAAGAGUGUGAUGCAUUUUUCUGUAAAUCUUGUUGUUCCAAGAAGCACUUAUCACAGAAAAAGUCAUCGACAGAUCACAUUAUUAUUUGCAUAGAUGGAUCAGAAGGUCAGCUUUUAAAGACAAUAAGCAGCUGCGCUAACAAUUGUUCUAAAAGCACAUUUUAUUAUUGUUGCAAAUGUGAAUUAAAUCUCUGUAUGCAAUGCUUUUCUUUGCACAUGAAACAUGAAUACUUUACGCUGCAAGAAAGGAACUACACCUUAAUCGAGAGCUUCCUUAGCACAUUCAAAAAGGCUGCGGAGAAGAAACAGCGCAUUCAUCAAGCGAUACAGGUAAGUGCCAUUUUUAUUUUUUUUUAUUGCAACAAAAGAGGAUGAUAUUGCAAUUAAUGCACAUUUAAUUGCUAAUUUUACAAAAGAGAUUAGUAAUAAAUAAAUUUAUUGUAUGUUUAUAAUGUUACAUUGGGUCUGCGUAGAAUUUAAUUUUUUGAGUCAUCGUAACAGCAUCGGUCAAAAAUUUUUUUAUAUAAAUCAAACUUAUAUAUUAAAGUUUAACAUUAUUAUUGCUUAAAGAUACAUAUAUAUUAUGAGUAAAGUUUAUGUUUAUCACUUUAACUGCCAUUUUGGUCAUGUAUGACUGGUUAUGGUUACUCUUGAGACACCGCAGUAGUCAUCGGUGACUGGAGUGCGUAUGAACUUUUUACAAUUGUAAAAACUAAAUGAAAACUGAAAGUUAGUGUAUUUAACAAUUAAAAUAACAAUUU